AUGUAUAUUAAAUCAGCAACUUUGAUUUCUUUUAUUGUAUCCGCUUUCAUCGGUUCAUCGACCGUAACAGCUCAAUCGUUAGGAAAAGGGUUCAUUUUCAAUUGCGACGAUCCAGGUGUAGUUGCAUUAACAUUUGACGACGGUCCAGGACCUUACACAGAAACAUUGCUCGAGCAUCUCGAUGAUGCAGACAUUCCCGCCACAUUCUUCGUUUUGGGAAGCGCAGCAAAAGCAUACCCAGACAUAUUGAAAAAGACCUUUGAGGCAAAACAGAAUCAUCAAAUCGCUUUACAUACCUUUAGUCACGCUAAUUUGACUAGUUUGGAUGCCGCCUCACAAAAGAAGGAAAUCAUUGAUGCCGCUGAAGCUGUCGAGGAUGUCAUUGGAAAGUACCCAAAUUACAUGAGACCGCCUUAUGGUGAAUGUAGCGAAGGUUGUGGCAAAGUAAUGGAAGAAAAUGGAUUCCUUGUUAUCCAAUGGAACGCAGAUUCAAAUGAUUGGAGGUACAAAGAAAAAUCCGUUGAUGAGCGUAGGGCCGUACCUUUACAAAAUAUCAUGAAUGAGAUCAAGCCAAAAAGUCCAACCAAAGAUAAUUUCAUUGUUUUACAACACGACCCCGAUGAUAUCAGUGUUGAGAACACAGUAAGAUACAUUCAAGAAUUCAGUAAAGCUGGCUAUAAAUUUAUCACGGUCGCCGAUUGUUUGAAAAAUAAGGUUACCCCCUAUAAAGGUGUAGCGGCCAAAACCGCUCAAGCUGUUGCCGUAAAUGGAAAGUUUGCUGAUGCUAAAACUCCAGAUGCUAAAACCCCAGAUGCUAAAGCACCAGCUAAAGAUCCAGCAGCUAAGCAACCAGCGGCCAAGGAUCAACCAAAAACCAAGAAUGAUAAACCUAAGAAAAAUGAUAACGGAAAUAAAGAAAAGGAUGGUGAAAACAAGAGCGCUUUCCCAGCAACGAACGAAAAUGUUGGUGCUGAAGCCAAUUCUGCUCCAAUAAUUAAAUCAUCCGCACUCGUUUCGUUAUUGGGUGGUGCCGUUGGAACUUAA